GGGGAUUGGUCCUCUCUGCCAGCAUCAGGUUGUCAUGGUUACAGAGCCGGCCACUCCCCCCAUCUUCCCCAAGUACCACCACGUGACCCUGUCCUGUCACCCCGCAGUGACGUCACCCCUCCUCCGCUGUCAGUGAGGCGGCUCCUGCUCCGCUCUGCCCGGGGACCCCGGAGACAUCGGCGGCCACCAUGGUGAACUUCACAGUAGACCAGAUCCGGGCGAUCAUGGACAGGAAGUCCAACAUUAGAAACAUGUCCGUGAUUGCUCAUGUUGACCAUGGCAAAUCCACUCUAACUGAUUCCUUGGUAUGCAAAGCUGGUAUUAUUGCCUCUGCCAGAGCGGGCGAAACGCGCUUCACAGACACACGCAAGGAUGAACAAGAGCGCUGCAUUACCAUUAAAUCCACGGCCAUCUCCCUGUACUAUGAGCUCCUGGACAACGACCUGGCUUUCAUCAAGCAGUGCAAGGACGGCUCUGGGUUCCUCAUAAACUUGAUCGAUUCCCCCGGCCACGUAGACUUCUCUUCCGAGGUGACGGCCGCGCUCCGUGUUACAGAUGGCGCACUGGUAGUUGUUGAUUGUGUAUCUGGUGUUUGUGUUCAGACGGAGACCGUCUUGCGGCAAGCCAUCGCCGAACGGAUCAAACCAGUCCUCAUGAUGAACAAGAUGGACCGAGCGCUGCUGGAGCUGCAGCUGGAACCUGAGGAGUUGUACCUGACCUUCCAACGCAUAGUGGAGAACGUCAAUGUCAUCAUCUCUACGUACGGAGAGGGGGAAUUCGGCCCCAUGGGCAAUAUUAUGAUUGACCCGGUAAUUGGCACAGUCGGCUUUGGCUCUGGUCUGCACGGCUGGGCUUUCACCUUGAAGCAGUUUGCAGAGAUGUAUGUUGCCAAGUUUUCUGGCAAGGGCGAUAAAUCUCAGCUUACCCCGGCCGAGCGAGCGAAGAAGGUGGAGGACAUGAUGAAGAAAUUGUGGGGAGACAAGUAUUUUGAUCCAGCCGCCGGCAAAUUUAGCAAAUCUGCGACCAGCGCUGACGGGAAGAAGUUGCCGCGUACGUUCAGCCAGCUGAUCCUGGACCCCAUCUUUAAGGUGUUUGACGCCAUUAUGAACUUCAAGAAGGAGGAAACUGCCAAACUGAUUGAGAAGCUGGACAUCAAGCUGGAUGCAGAAGACCGAGAGAAGGAAGGAAAGCAACUCCUCAAGGCUGUCAUGCGACGCUGGCUGCCGGCUGGAGAUGCCCUGUUGCAGAUGAUCACAAUUCACCUGCCCUCCCCUGUGACGGCACAGAAGUACCGCUGUGAACUCCUGUACGAGGGGCCGCCCGAUGACGAGGCUGCUAUAGGUAUGAAAACCUGUGACCCUAAAGGGCCAUUAAUGAUGUACAUCUCUAAGAUGGUGCCCACCACCGAUAAGGGACGUUUCUACGCCUUCGGUCGCGUCUUCUCCGGGGUUGUAUCCACAGGACAGAAAGUGCGUAUCAUGGGCCCCAACUAUACGCCGGGGAAGAAGGAAGAUUUGUAUCUGAAACCUAUACAGAGGACAAUCCUGAUGAUGGGCCGUUACGUUGAGCCCAUCGAAGACGUUCCUUGCGGCAACAUCGUGGGCCUUGUUGGCGUUGACCAGUUCUUGGUGAAGACCGGCACGAUCACCACCUUCGAACACGCCCAUAACAUGCGGGUGAUGAAGUUCAGCGUCAGCCCCGUCGUACGGGUGGCCGUGGAGGCAAAGAACCCUGCAGACCUCCCGAAGCUGGUGGAAGGCCUGAAACGCCUGGCCAAGUCUGACCCCAUGGUUCAGUGUAUCAUUGAAGAAUCUGGAGAGCACAUCAUUGCUGGCGCUGGGGAGCUGCACUUAGAAAUCUGCCUUAAAGAUCUUGAAGAAGAUCAUGCAUGUAUUCCUAUCAAGAAAUCCGAUCCUGUUGUAUCCUACAGGGAGACGGUGAGUGAGGAGUCCGACCAGCUUUGCCUCUCCAAAUCGCCCAACAAGCACAACCGCCUGUACAUGAAAGCCCGUCCCUUCCCCGACGGCCUGGCGGAAGACAUUGACAAAGGAGACGUCAGUUCCCGGCAGGAGCUGAAGCAGCGUGCCCGUUACCUGGCAGAAAAGUACGAAUGGGACGUGGCGGAGGCCAGGAAAAUCUGGUGCUUCGGCCCUGAUGGGACAGGACCCAACAUCUUAGUGGACGUCACGAAAGGUGUCCAAUACCUCAAUGAGAUCAAGGACAGCGUUGUUGCUGGAUUCCAGUGGGCCACCAAAGAGGGAGUUUUGUGUGAAGAGAACAUGAGAGGCGCCAGAUUUGACAUCCACGACGUCACCCUACAUGCGGACGCAAUUCAUCGUGGCGGUGGACAGAUCAUCCCCACAGCCAGGAGAGUGCUGUAUGCCGCGGCCCUCACCGCCCAGCCCCGACUGAUGGAGCCCAUCUACCUCGUGGAGAUUCAAUGCCCGGAGCAGGUGGUUGGGGGGAUCUAUGGUGUGCUGAACAGGAAGCGUGGACACGUCUUUGAGGAAUCUCAAAUUGCCGGAACACCCAUAUUUGUAGUGAAAGCCUAUCUUCCCGUCAACGAAUCCUUUGGUUUCACUGCUGAUCUCAGGUCUAACACCGGGGGGCAGGCUUUCCCACAGUGUGUGUUUGACCACUGGCAGAUCCUACCUGGUGACCCAACGGAAGCCACAACCCGCCCGGCCCAGGUGGUCGUAGAAACCCGGAAACGUAAAGGCCUCAAGGAAGGAAUCCCGCUCCUGGAUAACUUCUUGGAUAAAUUGUAACCAGCGCCAUCCACUAGGUCUCACGUAUCAUUACACAGCACUGGGGGCGUUUCUCUCGGCUGAUCUGACGCCUCACGCUAACUUUACCCAGGAGAAAAAAAAAAAGUAAAAUAAAUAAAUAAAAUAUAUAAAAUGA